UGUUGUAGAUCAAAGAAUCAGCGUAUCGCUCAAAAGAUACAGGUGUAUUGGUACGUAAGCCUUUCGAACAAUAGUGUGUGGCCGUUUUGAUAGCCCACUCCGUGCUGGACCUUACCUCCAUGCUGGACCCCACCUCCGUGCUGCUACCCACAACGAUACUGAGUACUCUACCCAUCGGGGCACCACUCGGCGCCCACGCGAGAACCAGGGAAAUGCCAGGCACAACAGGGCGGUUUGGGAGGUCGAAAACCUUUGGAAAGGUGGGAAACAGUGAGACUCAAAAGGCGUAUUAUAUCGCGAUACGCACUUGCAUUGUAGUGUAGUUUGAUGGUGUAGUUGUUCGUGUGUGGGGCCCUAAAUUGAACCGGUUAGACCGGUGAAAAUAGGAAGCAGCGGUAGUGAGAUUAGGAGGCUUGAGGGCUGCGAGUUUUCCAACAGCCACUGGCCGUCAAAAUCAUGCCCUGGCGCUGGUUACCCCUUGUCAUCCAGGCUGAAGGCUACACCAAGUUCGGGCAUUGGGCCGUUCCUUCGAAUGAACACUUGAUUGGUCGAAUUUUCAUCGAGCCUGUGAGGUGUCGAGGAAGCGAUGCAAGCCCAGAGAUGUGGCUGGAGGAAACGGCCCUUUUCCAACGCCACCUACGGCACCGCGUCUUGGCUUCGGCAGAGGCGGGGCACUUGAACUUCGCUUCGGUCGAGCGUGUCCCGAUCAUUUGCAGACGGAUCGACAGAGCACAGAGGUACAUAGAAAUUGGAACCUCGGCAGCACGGGCUGGCCUCAUAUCCCAUCAUCUGCUUAGCUCGCAAGCCGUUCGUCAGACGCGUUUCAUGCUUAGUUCAUCAAUCUCUUCGGAAAUUUGCUCUAGGCAAACCAAAGAAGCGACGACGCCUGGAGUGGCAUUCCUCAAGUUUUCAGCCCGAUCAAGUGCAGCACACAUCACACGGGAACACUGCAUCAUGCAGCCUCAACCAGCACUACCCCGUCAUCAACGGGCCCUCUGUCAAUCAGCUCGAGGGCAUUCCAAAUCAAUUGUCCUUCUCAGCACCCACGAUACCCUCCCCGUUUCCUCGGCCCUCCACUGUCUGUUUUUAAGAAGGGAGCACACAUAUCGAAGACUGUCGCUCAUCAACAUGUAUCAAAGACGCCUCUGAUCUUAUCACAUCCACGCACUUGCCUUCUGACGGCUCUCUCCGACCGUUGGGGUGGAUGGAACGUUGCAAUCACGGCUACGCCUUGCCGCGUCGGGCAUGGCUCCGAUCCCUUGUUUCCCCGCGUCUUGGCUAGCUGCUAAUCCACUUUCUGUCACCGACAGACAGAUAUUAAGCUGCCCA